AUGGCGACUCGGCGGAAGUGUUUGUCACGCUUCGCAAAUAAUGAGAGUCUGGCUGUGGUGGCUUCAGCCUCAUCACAGCGUGUCUACGGAGGCAAGCCGCAAGUCAUAAAUCUGAUGAUUCCAAGAAACUUGAAUGUUGUGGGAGGUGAAAGACCAUCUGGCUACGAAGUUCGAGUGAAGGCGAUUGGUGAUGUCAAUUUUGACCAAUCUGCUCCAGUGACUUUGGAAGACAAAAGCUUUUCUAUCUUUAUACAGACAGACAAAGCGAUCUACAAACCUGGGCAAACAGUCAUGAUGAGAAUAUUGGCCAUGAACUCUGACCUAUCAGUACUGAAGGCGCCCAUGGAUGUAUUCAUUAAGGAUCCAGAGGACAACAUCGUUCGCCAGUGGAAACAAGUGGAGGCGGAUGGCACGAGUGUGGUCCAGCUCGACAUGGUCACCUCCACCUCCCCCCGUCUGGGAAAUUGGACCGUGGUUGUCAAAAUGCUGGGGCUUAACGAAACACAGUCCUUCUUGAUUGAUAAGUACGUCUUGCCCAAGUUUGAAGCAAGCCUGCGUGUUCCGAAAAAAGUCCUUACCACUGGCGGCAUAAGCGGGACUGCUAGCGCCAAGUACACUUUCGGCAAACCACUAACAGAGGCUCGAGUAAGUGUCGCAGUGAGACUUCAAACCACAGCAAAUAGUCCAAACAUAACAUCUACUGGCAAGCUUGAUGCUGCAGGUGAGUUCACCUUUUCAUUCACAAACGCUCAGCUCUUGGCCCUGUCCACCCAGACAUUCUUUAUGAGAUCUCUGGAGGACAAACAGGCAGAAGUGGUCGCUAUAGUAACGGACGAUUCAACUGAACAUCGCGUGAAUACAACAGCGACUGUAGCAUUUGAGAAAUUUGAGGCAAAUGUGGAAUUUCUUCCGAUCACAACCAACAGCUUUAAACCCGGGCUUCCUUACACAGUUUACCUGAGUGUGACCAAAUACGAUGGUACCUUCUUUCCGACGACAGAAUCUGCAAAAGUAACUUUCGACUUUACUACCGCACAAGGUAGAAAUAUUACUAUUCGAACUCAGAAUCUUCAAGCCAACGGACUUCUUCGCGUGGACCAAACAUUUCCCAAGGAUGCUGAUAGGAUUACUAUCCAGGCACAAAUGAAAAAUUACAUCGCAAUAAAGUCGCUAGACAAGGCCUAUUCACCAAGCAACAACUUCCUCAAAGUUGUAAUGAGCUCGGAACGACCAAAGGUGUACUCGAAAGGAAUAAUGGUCAGUGAAUUUACAGCGGAUUCAAGCCAUGAACAAGGCGAGGAAACAUUUCCAGUCUCAUUUUUGGUCGAAGACGUCAUGGUUCCCAAUGCCCGUCUUCUGGUUUUUUACUUCAGACCUGACAAGGAAGUCGUGGUUGACAGCAUAUCAUUCAAAGUAGAGGGAUCCUCAGAAAAUCCUGACACAGACGUUCAUAUGUUGACAGAUGGCACAAUAAGCGAUAAACUAGCUAUUCGCACAUCAACAGUUCAUACAUCAACAAUUCGUACAUCAACAGUUCGUACAUCAACAACUCGUGCACCAGUAACUCCUGCUGGUUUUUUAAAUAGAUGGUCCAGUACUUGGAUUCCUUCCCUCGUUGUUUCUCCCCUCAUACCCUGGUUACAACCCAGCCGUAACUAUGAUGCCCGAGGUGGAGGCAUGUUAGCCGCCAGUAAUAUCGAUGGUUUUGUAGGUGGAAGGUCAAGAGGCAUGUUUGCCGUCAGCAGUAGCAAGGGUUUUGUAGGUCGAAGGUGGAAGUCCCACAGAAUUUAUUGA